AUCACAGGUAUGAUCCUCCUUAUCACCAACAAUGUAACCACCAUAGCAUCAUCAUGAAGGGCAGCACCGAUCGAGGCUUCUCCUCAUCUGAUAAUCAUCAUCGAUCACAUGUGCAUGCACUGUUUCACUUGUGUUCUUAUAUGUUCUGCUCUCUUCCAUGGAUAUGCGAUCUUCUAGUUGAAUGCUGUUAUGGCUUGAGAGAUACAUCAACGUUGCUGCAUGACCAAGACCCAUAUGUCACACUUGAAUAUGCUACUACAACAGUCAGGACGCAAGUGUGCAGAGGCAAAGGCAGGGAUCCCAUCUUCAAGCAGAAAUUCGUGCUCACCCUUGUAGAUGGACACCAAGAGAUAGGGGUGCUCGUUUGGAACAAGAACACCGUGGUAGAGGACUACCUCAUUGGCACCGCAAGGGUUCCACUAGAAACGGUCCUUCUUUGUGGCUCAGAUGAUAACUUAUGGGCCCUCCAAUUCGCGGGCAGCUACAGUUGAAAAAAAGAUGGAUAACGCGAGUCCCUCUCGAAGCCAACCAAUGGAGGAGAAGAGGAAAGUGGAGCUUCUUAAAGAAGAUAGAUUUGUUCAAGUGAGCAAGGUGGAAAAUUUAGAUCCGAAUCCAAAACAACCGGAAGUAGAGAAGCCUAGAAUAACUGAAUUCUCUCUACGCCGGAGGAGCGCCCACGCCGUAAAAAUUGUGGAAGUUCGACGGAAAAUGAGCAAGACAAGGCCAGAAUCUUCAUGUCCGUGUGCGCCAUAUUGCCGUCCUGCAAGGACUUCGCAAGGAAAAAUUCAACGGAACGGUGGCAAGAAAAAUCCACAACCACAAUCCGCGACACCACGUUGUUCAUAUUGCUCCUCUUCAAAUAGCACGUCAAAGAGA